AAAGCACAUCUUGUUUGUUUCAUUUCAAAUCCAUUGUGGUGGUGUAUAGAGCCAAAAAGAUUAGAAUUGUGUUGAUGUCCCAAUAUUUAUGGACCUGGCUAAUCAUUAUGUAUCAUUCAGGCUACUCACGACAUUUGUAAUUACAGUGAAGGAUAAAAAUGUCCCAAACUGAUUCCAAAACUGCUCGGAGGAUGAUAAUUGCCUUAUUUUUGUUGGCAUGUUUUCUACUCUCUUUAUACUAUCUCCUACCAGUGGGGUAUUUUAACAUAAACUUGUUUAACCACCCUGCUGAGCAAGUCCAGAGAAAUAACAUCACCGAAGAAACUUGCCUCCCUGUUCUUAAGACGCAGAACUACAGGUGCACUGUGAACAACAACGUGGACAAACUCCUGAUGACAAUAUCUGCACCAAAACCCUUGACUAUCACUGAGAAAGAACCACCAGACACCAUUAUGUUGAUCUGGAUGUGGCCUUUUGGUGCUAGAUUUGACCUUGGAUCCUGCAGUUCAGCUUUCAAUAUCCAUGGCUGUCAUUUAACAGAUGACAGAGGUCUGUUUAACCAAGCACAUGGGGUUAUGAUUCAUCAUAAAGAUAUCAGUUGGGAUUUAUCCAACAUGCCGAAACUUCCACGACCUACUUGCCAGAAGUGGAUAUGGUGGAAUAUGGAGUCUCCAAGUAAUUCAGGUCAAAAUCCCCUGCUAAAGGACCUGUUUAAUCUGACUUCAAGUUACCGCCGAGAUUCAGAUAUUCCAGUACCUUAUGGAUGGCUCUCAGAGGCUACAAAGGAAGAGAAAAACUAUACUAUCCCAAAGAAGAGCAAAUUAGUUUGUUGGAUAGUAAGUAACCAUAAUCCAAACUAUAAGCGUUCACAUUACUUUACUGAGUUUGUGAAAUACAUUAAUGUGGAAACCCAUGGAGGGCACUUCAACAAGCGAAUUAGUAAUGAUGAAUAUGUAAAUUUGGUGUCCAGUUGCAAAUUCUACCUGUCCUUUGAGAAUUCCAUUCAUAGAGACUACAUGACUGAGAAGCUGUUCAACCCUCUAAAUAUUGGUACCGUUCCUGUUGUUAUUGGCCCACCGAGAGAGAACUAUGAGCAGUUUAUUCCAAGUGAAGCCUUCAUCCAUGUGGAUGACUUCCCAUCCCCAAAAGAACUGGCUGAUCAUCUGAGACUCAUGGACCAAAAUGAGGAUCUGUAUAUGCAAUACUUCACCUGGAGAGAACAUUUUGUUUCAAAGAUUACCUCAUUCGGAUUUGAACAUGUCUGUCGGACUUGUGAUUAUAUUAGAAAGAAUAAGCACUACAAAGUGGUCAGAGAUCUCAACAGCUGGUACUGCGGUUAGGGAGGGAGGGAGGGGGGGGGGGGGGGGGCUGACUGCCCAAGUCAUGAGUAAAUAAACUUUACAACUCAUUUAACCACAUGUCCAGCUAUAGCAUUGAGCUGCAAGGUGGGCCAAGUGAUAUUCCUGGUGGGUCAGGGGGUUCCAGUAUAUGCAUUACUGUCACAAGUUCAAUGAUUCAUUUGUGUUUAAUGUAUCAAAAUUAAUCUCACAGCUCAACUAUUACCAUUAUAAAUCAAUGGAAAAUAAUAUUGUUUUAUAUCUGUUUGGGGACAGGAAUUAAAUGGUUCAAAGAACAAAAGCUUUCUUUUUUUCUUUUCUUUUUUUUUUUUGCAGAAUAUAAUAAUUAUUCCACUUAUACUACGGUUACCACACCUCAAGACGUUGUUCAAAUGUUUUAUUUCAAGACAUUUGUCAAGUUUUUUUUAAAAACUGUAAAUUUCUUACACAUCUCAUCCCAAGCUUCCGUUGUAAAUCUAAAACGUCAUUUUAGAGCUAAUGCAAUUACUGGAGAUGUGAUUAACAUGGUUAAAAAGAUUAUACUGUAUGUAUAUUAAUUGAUGUCGAACAUAUUGAAUUGAAGUUGAGUGAUUUUGAAAAACCAAAUAUGUUUAACAUUUUCUAAUCUGACGUCAAUAUAAUUAAUUGUUUAAAUAGUGGGUGAAGGGAUUAGACUAGGCCCUACUUAACACACUGAAGAAGGCCUGCGAGCCGAAGCGUAUGUGUCAUUUCUCUGUGAAAAAUGUAUAAAAAAAAGAUUUCAAAUUCUGAGUGCGGAUCAUAGCUGUAUUCUUUUUUCCUUCUAAAAUCUGUACAUUUAACUGUAUUUUACUGUAAAAUUACAUAAAAUAUGCCCCUUUGACGUGUACGAUCACACCAGUGUGAUCAGUCUUGGCUGGCCCCAGGAGCGUACGAUCACUAGGGAUGGGCAUAUCGAUACUGACGUUGAGUAUCGAAAGUAUCGAUGCUCAAAUAAAAAUAUCGAUACUAAGGUGUGUUUUUUUUUACUAGUGAUUUUGUUUAAUUAACAAUCAAUUUAAUGCAUGCAAUAUGCAUUGAAUUGGACAAAUAACCUAUGUUAGCGAUUAAUUGUGUUGUAGAACUAUUUUCAUGCUCAUCUGAACACACGCAAAUGCUGCAAGUCAGAACCGAUCAAUCACAGAAAGCGUUCGCUCACUGCUGACACUACAUUCAAACGGCUGCAUGCGUUUAAUAUUGUAAGAAACCAUUGAUGCUUUUGGGAAACGCAGUCCUGAACAAUGCUUAACAGAAGACAGAACAACAUAAUAUGUUUGAGUUAUUUCACAAACAACAAAAUGAAAUAGUAGCCUACAUAGUUUUUGCAAUUACAUUUAUUUAAAUUGAACAUUAAAAGUUCGUACUGAUGUUCUGUUCUGUAACUACACUGUCAGAAUACAAAGUUUGCAUUUUAUGGGUGCAACAGCCUGUCACUGGCAGUCCCUUAUGAAACUGAACCAUUACUAUAGUG